AUGCCGUCCAUCUUGACCGACGAUGAUAAGGACACCGUCAAGCGGUUUAUCCCUAAGCAGUCCAACAAGAUCCAGGCCGUCGCUGUUGCUAAACUCUACGUUGCCUAUCCCAGUCGCUCGAAAUGGACAUAUACCGGGCUUCAGGGAGCUGUUGCGCUCGUCAAUGAUCUGGUUGGAAACACUUAUUGGAUAAAGAUGGUUGACAUCUCGCCUACCAAUCGAGGGGUUAUCUGGGACCAGGAGAUUUUCGAUACAUGGAGUUACAACCAGGACCGAACCUUUUUCCACACCUUUGAACUCGAGGAAUGCCUGGCUGCCCUGAGCUUCGUGGACGAAAAGGAGGCCAAGCAGUUUAAGAAGAAGAUGGACGAGCGAGAGAAGAACGCAAGCCGAGCUACGAGAUCAACACCCUUUGGAGGAGGUUCUCACGCCUCCCAUAAGCAUGGCCUGCUGGGAGGACUGUUUAGCCAUCGUCAUUCCUCACAAUCGAGCACCCAUCUGCCAUCUCCAAGUCCGCCGGAAUCUCCGCGCCAUAACUCUAUCCAAUUCCAUGUCGUCAACUCAACACCCAAUCUCAACGGUACUCUACGACCUUCCGAAUUCGCUCUGCUGGAUGCGUUCGACCCCCUCUGGCGUGAGCACUUUGGGGCGGAUCUUCAAGACAAAGGAUUGACCGACGACUUCAUCAAGGAGAACCAGGAGUUCAUUGUGGACUUCUUGAGGGAGGAACAGCAAAAGGCCAACCAACCAGAGGCAACACCGCCUCCUCCACCUCCUAUGCCAGCGCCAGCUGCAAACGGAAACGAAGGACGAAACUCCCGAGCUCCACCACCACCGCCGCCGCCCGGUGGCCGUCCCGCGUCCGAAGGUCCUCCUGCGCCACCGGCUCCGAGAAGAGGCGGCCCCCCACCCCCUCCAGCUCCGAGACGGUCCGGCAAGGAGACAGCCCCUGAGCGAGAGCCGUCACCUCCUCGACCCAAGUUUGGUGUACCUCCGCCAUUGGCCGAUGCUGGCAAGUUUGCUCGUCAAGAAGCUCCAAGAGCUGUUCCAGCAGCUCCCACUCCUGGACCUCCCCCUCCUCCCCGACCACCAAAGACGCCGGUUGAGACGCAGAAAACCGAGAGUCACAAGUUCGGAGUCCCUCCCCCUUUCCCUGGCUCACGACUACCUCCACCAACGCCCAGCCGUGGACCUGUUCCUCCCCCGCCUCCUCCACGCAACGAUGCGCAUGCACCUCUCCCUCCGCCUCUGCCUCCUAAGGUUGCGGCGAACUCAGCUCCACCACUACCGCCCCCGAGCUCCCGACCUGUGCCUCCUCCUCCGGCUUUCAACAACCAUCCCCCUGCUCCUCCUCCACUGCCGGCGAGCAGCGCACCGCCUCCUCCACCACUUCCACCAACAACCAAUGGCGGUCCUCCGGCGCCUCCUCCCCCUCCUCCACUGCCGACAAGCAGUGCCCCGCCGCCUCCACCACUUCCACCUAUGACCAACGGUGGUCCUCCUCCGCCGCCUCCCAUGCCACCAACUGGCGGUGCCCCUCCAUCACCUCCUCCACCUCCCCCAGCUGUCUCCGUUCCUACUGGGGACCCUAGUCGUUCGGCCGUACUGGCAGGCAUUCAACAAGCUGGAGGUAUCGGUGCUCUCAAGAAGGUCGAUCGUUCGCAGAUUCGCGAUCGUAGCGGCGCUCAGGUCAGUGGUGCAGAUUCUGGUGGUGCCCCUGCGGGUGCAGCACCUGGGGCUUCUGGCGGCGGCGGCGGCAUGGCUGAUGCCCUGGCUGCUGCGCUGCAGAAGAGAAAGGAAAAGGUCUCUAAGAGUGACGACGAGAGUGAUAACGACGACUGGUAA